AUGGCUGAUAAUUAUUCAGAUGCCGUGGAAGUUAUAAAAGAGACAUGUGAAAUAUUCAAAACUCAAGAAGUGAAAGGACUUAUCAAACAUGUCACCCAUGAUCUAAAUAUUAAAUGGAAACAUGCGAAGAUAAAAAUUGCAGUAACUGGAGACAGUGGCGCCGGUAUAUCUAGCUUGAUCAAUGCUUUACGAGGUAUGCAUCAAUUGGACCAGAAUGCAGCAAAAGAAGGAGUUAAAGAAACAACUAGAGAACCGGCUUCAUAUACCUUUCCGGAUAAUGAUCAGAUAGAACUUUAUGAUCUUCCAGGUGUAGGAACCUUGUCACAUCCGAUUGAGUCAUACAUGCAAGAUAUGAAUUUUGAACAGUAUGAUUUUGUUCUGAUCGUGUCUUCUGAGCGGUUUUCGCAAAACAAUGCAUUGAUAAUUAAGGUAUUACAACACUUGCAAAAGCCAUUUUAUCUUGUGCGAUCUAAAAUUAUUGCGGAUGUUGAAAAUCAAAAGUUUACACAAACAAAAGAUGAGGUCCUCAAAAACAUUCGUGAUGAUUGUUACUUAAAUUUACAAAAGUUAGGUGUUGAAGUAAAAUGUGUCUUUCUGAUAGACAGCCAUGUCCACCAAGACUUCGAGCUCGGAAAACUACAAGCGACUCUUAUACGCGAUGUCCUUGACACAUUUAAGACUACUUUCAUUUUAACUUAUAGAACCAUGACGAAAGAAAUCAUUGAGGAGAAGGUAAAUGUAUUGAAGAGUCGAGCGCCUAGAGUAGCAUUAAUGGCAACUGUUACUGCUCAGUCAGAGACAAACGAGAUUGUUUUAAUGCAAGAAAUAUCUUUUUAUAAGAAACAACUUGGUCUUGAUGACGAGGCACUCGGCGAAACAUGCAAGUACCUUGAAGUUGAUAGGGCAAGAUUGCAGGAAAUGAUAGCGUUUUGUGAUUUUGUUCUUUAUCCAGAAAGAGCUAUAGAGUACAUCAAAAACGUAGAAGAAAAUUUGGACAAUUCACCACCUUAUUUUAUCAAUCUAGUACGUGGUAUUGGACGCGUUUUAACUGGUUUUGUAAGCUCCUAUUCCAAGGUAUAUCGCGGUCUUUUGGACAUCAUAGAUACCUUGGAAAAAGAUUCACUUAAAAUAAGUGAUAAUGUUCUUGAAAAAAUACGUGGUCCGUCUUUUCUUUGA